AUGCCCGGCACAAUAUCAGAUGGUCCCUCGGUGGCCUUGAGCUUUGCUAACAACUUUUGGGGAAAAGAUGAUUCUGGGGUUGAUCCUCUUCUAACACGCAUGCACAAUGCAAAACAGACUUGCGAUGAGUUGAAAGCUUUUUACACAGCUCGCUCUUCAAUCGAAGAAGAUUAUUCCCGCAAGCUUUUACAGCUGUCACGAAAGCCAUUAGGAUCCGUUGAGAGCGGCACCCUUCGAUCUUCUUUAGAUGUUCUGCGAGGAGAGGUCGAGCAGAUGGGGAAGUCGCAUCAAAUAAAUGCUGGUCAAAUGAAGACGGAACUCGAGGAGCCGCUGGCGGCCUUUGCAGGUGCCAUGAAGGAGAGACGAAAGAUUGUGCAGGGUGGUAUUGAGAAGCUAUUGAAGGUCAAGGUGCAACAGACAAAUCAAGUUAAUAAGACUCGAGACAGAUACGAGCAAGAAUGUCUAAAGAUUAAAGGAUACUUAGCACAAGGCCAUAUGGUUAUGGGGCAAGAGGAGCGAAAGAACAAGGCGAAGUUAGAGAAGACCCAGGUUACUGUUGCGACAUCAAACACCGACUACGAACACGCGGUUAAGGCUCUCGAGGAAACAACUGGCCGAUGGAACAGAGAUUGGAAGGCAGCGGCGGACAAGUUUCAGGAUCUGGAAGAGGAGAGGUUGGAUUUUAUGAAGAGCAGCCUCUGGAACUUUGCGAACAUUGCCUCUACUGUCUGUGUCAGUGACGAUGCAUCAUGCGAAAAGGUCCGACUCUCGCUUGAAAACUGCGAAGUUGAGAAGGAUAUUGCUGCCUUCAUCCGUGACCAUGGGACUGGGCAGGAGAUCCCUGAUCCGCCAAAGUACAUCAAUUUCCGUCGUGGGGAUGUUAGUGACAGUCAGUCAGAAGCUUCCGAGGAUGAGAACUAUUCUGUUGCCCAAUUUCAGCGAACCAUCAACCCAGCUUAUAGAAGCUCAUCUCCUCAACCAUCAACCUACGAAUCUCAUCAUGAUCCACAGUCAGCUCUAUCCCAAGACCUCAGACAUGAUCUUGGAACUCCUCCCAGCCGGGAGGCUACCUUGACACCCCAGAAGGCGAUUCCAGACCGGUCCCGACAACCACAGCUUGAUUAUCAAACACAACCAAGUAAAUUGCAGUUUGAACAGUCUCAGCAUGGCCCGCUGGCCGCUGUCCCCCAUGACCCCUAUCCUAUGGAUGGGAUGACCAUGUUAUGCCGAACGGGUCCUCCUUCUGAGAGAAGCUCGGCACAUAGUCCCGCGAGGCCUUCAAGCCGCGACUCAAACAGCGAGUAUUCCAACCCGACGUCAUUUUCAAGCCAAGAACCCCCAAGUGGAAAGACGUCCCCAAUCAAGCAAGCGGGACCCCCAGUAGAAAAGACGGUACUGAAAAAGAAAAGUGGUUUCUUCCAAAGCCCGUUCAGAAGAAAGAGCAACAGAGAGAAAGAUGACGCUGCAAUGACACCAUCAAGCCGAAAUACCUGGUCUGCAAGUCGAACAACAGCCGCCCAAAGCACACCAUCUAGACGACCUCAGGUUUAUGGCCAAGAUUCUCAGAACAUGAUCAGUGACAGGCCGAGUGGAAGUCCGGAACCCAUCGAUCCUCGAGCCAAUUUCCAACUGAACGUCGGGAACAACGUCUUUGAUGUACAAACGCCAGACAGGAAGGGAAAGAUCGCCCGAAACAAUUCGUCACAAGAGGAAGAUUUGGAUCCGAUUGCUCAAGCACUUGCAGAAUUGAAGGGUGUUACGAAAGCUUCAUCCAGUCGGGUAUCGGCAGAUAAUUACCAUGGUAUUGCCACUCCUGCUCCAGGAGCAAGCCCAGCUUCUCGACCUGGCGGUGCUCAAAUGGCAAACGGGGCCUUGAUGGGAGGUAUGCGAGGCACUCCACCCCCGUCCUACGAUCAGCCUCCAAUGCAACGACUGGGAGCUCCUCAACCAGCACAUACCUCCAAAGCGAUGCAGCAGACCCGGCAAAAGUAUGAAGACCAGACUAGAAAUAUGUUCACUGCCCAAAAACAACCUGAGGCUCGUGGAGGAUACCCAUCGGGAUCACAAUCCCGACCAGGCACCCGAGGAAAUGAUAUUCCGCGGGCUACCUCUCCAGCUCCUCCCCGCAGUGCAUCUCCUCGUCCAGGUAUGCAUGUAGAUACAAGGCAAGGCUAUCGUUCUGCAUCUCCAAACCCUUACGGCAGUCAACGUGCUGGUACUCAGUCUACUGGACCACAGAAACGUAGCUCAGAUCAAUACUACCGCCAUGCUUCGCCGAAUGAAGUCGCCCGCGCCGUGUCCCCAGCCCCUUUUAGGGAGCAAGAGAGGCCUGGCAGUAGCCACAUGGGCGGCGAAAUGUCAAUACAACUCGCUCCAGGUCAAAAUGAAGGAUACGGAUCUCAAGGACGGGGUGGUGGUCGAUCGGGAGGUUCUGGAUCCGCUAGGCCCCUGAGCUACUAUGGGGGAGGUGGUUCACAGGUAGGAUCAGCCUCUAGACAGAGAAGCAAGAGCGUUGCAGAUGUCAGGCAGUUUAAUAGAGAGGGUCGACCUAUCCUUCAUUUCGGUGAGUCUCUUUCAUCCAAUUUGUCUCAAAUGCUAACUAUUUUUGAAGCUCGAGCAAUGUAUAUGUACCAAGCAGCGAUUCCUGAGGAGCUGAGCUUUGCAAAAGGAGAUAUCCUGGCAGUCUUGAGACUUCAAGAUGACGGAUGGUGGGAGGCAGAGGUGGCUGGAAAGAAUGGUAGACCUGGUCUGGUGCCGAGUAAUUAUCUUCAGAACUGCUAA